GGUAUAUUUUAUUUGACCACGAGUUUGGUGGAAUCGUUUAUUUUGUUUUCCAAAAAAAUAAGAAAUAAAGAAACUGAAUGGCUCGCAAACGAAAGAUUCCAGUGCGCAAGCACCAUGGCAUUCGCGAUCCCCUCAAGCAGCAGGAGCAGAAGGAAAAGAAACUCUCCAAAGUAACCAACAAUCCACCCGAGAGAAAGGACGAGCAGCAGGUGUCCUUCAAGUUCCGGCAGUUCAAGCAGCUGGCCGAUGCCACCAAAACGGGCAAGCGGACAAAACUGGGCCAAAUUGGCCGCGAGGAUAGACCCAAAUCCGCGCCAGGCAGCUCCUCCUCAUCCUCCUCCGCCGCGAAGGACGCGCGGAACAUCAAGCAGUUUGCCAACGAAACGGACGAGGACUACCUGCGUCGUGUGAACCGCAUCACCAGUGCGUCCGUUAAGGAGGCCCAAUACGAGGCCAAGUACGGCGUGAAUGUGAUAAGGAACCCCAAGACCGGCGAAAUCACCAUCCAGAAGCGGCCCAAAAACGAGAUUGACGAGCUGCUCAAGCAGAAGCAAAAGGAACGCCGCCUGGCGGGCAAGGGCAACGGACGCAGGAAGCCCCAGCAGGGCGCACAAAAACCGACCAUGGAUGCCAGGACCAGUCGGGAGCUGGUGAAACGGGCCUACAAGGAGGCCCAGCAGGAGGUGGACAUCGAGGAGCAGCAGAAUGCCGGGCCCAUGGAGUACAAACACGAUGUGGUGGCCUUCGGCGAGAUUGUCCAUGCCCCGCCCUCCCUCAAAGUCCUGCCACGCAAGGCGGCCAAAAACGAGACAGUGCCACGGCCAGGACGCAAGACCAAUCUCCUGCUGAAAUCCAUGCUGGAUCCUGACAAAACCCAGGCACCACAGCCGCAGGAGGAUCGCACCAAAGUGGACGCCAAAUCCAAGAGCGCCUUUAAGGCGCCCACCAAGGCGCAGAUGAAGGGCAAGCGAAAGGAUCUGCCCCUGGCCACAAGAUCUAUGCUCGAAUCGGAGCGCAGCAAAAUGGUUCUACUGUACCGUCAGCUCAAGAACAAGACGUCGGCGGAUGCCUGAAAAAAACUGACAAAACAUAGACUAAAUCUUAAACCCCUACUUGAUUUUUUUUUUGCCCUAAACCUAAUCACUAAGGUUAUGUAAAUGCAUUUGUUACCUACUGAAAUACAAGAGCAGUUGUAUUGCGGCUUACAAUGUUUGAUAAAUUGAUAAGAUUCAUAGUAAAUAUAUUUUUUAACAAAACACAAA